AUGGCGAUCUGUACUUAUAACGCACGUACGCUUGCAUCGGAAGCGGCCAUCGAAGAUCUGAUGAUGCAAGCCAAGAAGAUCAAGUACGACGUCAUCGGACUGACCGAGACGAGACGACGUCACCCUCUCAACGCCGUAUAUGAAACUGGAGAAGAACUGUUCUUAGGAACAUGCGACAGUAGAGGUGUUGGUGGAGUUGGCGUCCUCGUCAACACGAGUUUGGCAAAGAACAUCGACUCUUUUGAACAACUUACGACCCGAAUCGGACGUCUGCGGAUGAGAAGAUGUGGCCCAAUACCAGCUUUGACUAUCUUCGUCGUUUACGCUCCAACAUCAAGCUACGAAGAAGAAGAAGUCGAAGCUUUCUAUAUGGACCUGGAGAAGUUCUACCAAGAAGAUCAUGCCUUCUACAAGGUCAUAGUUGGCGACUUCAACGCUAAGGUUGGCCCAAGAAGAACGCCGGAGGAACUUCACAUCGGGACCCACGGCCUACAAUGGAAUGACCAGGGAGAGAGGCUCGCCGAGUUCAUCAUGACGACUAAGACCAUCCAUGGGAACUCGCAAUUUCGAAGCCCUCUUCUUUACGCUGGACGUGGGAGUCACCCGGUGGAGGGUACCGUAAUGAAAUAG